CGGCUCCACUUCACUUUAUCAGAUCGUUACAAAACAUACCCACAUCUAUAAACGAUAAUGUCUUAUUCUCGAGAAAACAACGAAGUCUCCGCUUCCGGAGAGGACAUGGUUAAUGCUGCGCGUGGCUACAAGGCUACUCUGCACAAUCCCCAUGUCUCCAAUGAAGCCAAACAGCACGCGCAAGACGUGCUCGACAAUGAGAUACACGGGGACAAACCGCAGCAAGAUCUGUAUGAGGUUCGUCAGCGGAACAAGGAGCCUACUCGUGUAGCGAGUGGCUUGAAGGCUGCUCAACAGAAUCCCCGUGUUACAAACAGAGGAAAGAAGCAGGCUGGUGAUAAGUUGAAUCAAUUGGGGGAGCAGCAGCCGGAGGAGUAAUUGCUUUAAGACUUAAGACUACGGAUAGAGAAAUGAGUCUAAUUUCAUACAUUAAUGCAAUGUGCUCGCUCG